CCCUUGUAGCCAAUGGCAUUGCAGGCAGCCGGGAUGCCAGCAGAGAUCAGGCGACUCCCUUCUCCCACAUCCGCGGUGCAUUGCAGGGCGUCGGGGGCGCUUCGGAGGAACUCCGGUUGACCCCUGCAGGCUCCUGCGCCGGACCAGGCAGGCGGGCGGGCGGCGACCUCUUGUUGGACGCUGGAGACUCUGGAGCCAUGACAUCCCCGGAGCCUGGGCAGAAGCCGGAGCUGCGACGCCGGGAUCUCUCUCGGCCAGCUUUGCCGCUGGGAGAAGUUUUUCCUUCCAAGUUUUGAAAGUUUGAAGGCUGGCUGCCGCCUUUCGUUCUUCCUUCAUGAGCCCAGAAGGACAGGCCCGCCGCGGGUGCCACGCCGCCCCCGCCCGCCCCCGCCUUCUCUCCUCCUCUCCUGCGCCCGCGCCCGCCCCGCGACGGCCCCGGGGCCAAACCUGAGGGGGGGCUUUGCCCAGUAGCCUUUCGCGGGGGAGGAGGACUGGAAGAUGCGAGCCUGCAGGGGCAAGGUGGCCGGCUGCUGACGACGACAACGGAGCAGCCUCCCUGGCACCUUGGCACUCGCAUUCCCAGGGGAGCUGCGCUGGCCCUGGAAAGGGGUGCGAAUCACAUGCCCCCAGAACUGCCCUGCUCCCAUCGCAGGACACCGGCUGGCCAUGGCGAUCCAGGGGAUGGAGCUCUGCGCCGUGGCCGUGGUCAUCAUCCUUUUCAUCGCUGUCCUCAAACAGUUCGGGAUCCUGGAACCCAUGUCCAUGGAAGACAACAGCGACAGCGAGUUGGAACUUUCAGCCAUCCGGCAUCAACCAGAAGGACUAGACCAGCUCCAACUUCUAACCAAAUUCACCAAAAAGGAGCUGCAGUCCCUCUAUAGAGGUUUCAAGAACGAAUGUCCCAGUGGCCUGGUGGAUGAAGAGACCUUCAAGCUCAUCUAUGCCCAGUUCUUCCCCCAGGGAGACGCCACCAUGUAUGCCCACUUCCUGUUCAACGCCUUUGACAUGGACCGGAAUGGAGCCAUCCGAUUUGAAGACUUUGUCAUCGGCCUUUCCAUUUUGCUGCGUGGCACGGUGCAUGAGAAGCUCAGCUGGGCCUUCAACCUCUAUGACAUCAACAAGGAUGGCUAUAUCACCAAGGAGGAGAUGUUGGCAAUAAUGAAAUCCAUCUAUGACAUGAUGGGCCGCUACACCUACCCGAUGCUGCAGGAAGAUGCUCCUAUCGAGCACGUGGAAAAAUUCUUCCAGAAAAUGGACAAGAAUCAGGAUGGCGUCGUCACAAUUGAGGAGUUCUUAGAGACUUGUCAGAAGGAUGAAAACAUCAUGAGCUCCAUGCAGCUGUUUGAAAACGUCAUCUAGGAUGCUCCGGGUCCUGCCUGUUUUUUCCUGACCCGUCUGCCUCCUUGGCCUGCACUUUCUGUAGACGGACCCCCUCCGUCUUUCUUGCGAAGCACACGUCUUUUGGGGAAACACCAACCAACCAAAAACUCUUUUUGUAUCUAACAAGGGGAAUGGGGGGGAAGACAA